AUGGACCUCGUACAACCUGAUAUUGUGUUAGAUUUCUGCCAUCAAAAGGAAAAAGGGGAUAUUAAACAACUUUUGUUGAAAGACAGAGACAAUGGAGAAGAUCAGCAUCAUCUGGCGGUUGUGGCCAUAGUCGGUUAUGGAGGAUUAGGAAAAACCCGUCUUGCUCAAUACAUGUUUAUUAAAAGCUCAGAGUUCAAAAAGCGUUUCAAGAUGAGAGCUUGGGUUCACGUCCCUUAUGAUGAUUUUAACAUCGGAUUACUUGUCCAGAGAAUCAUUGAUUGUAAUAAUUUAGUAGCUAAGCCUGAGGUGCAGAUGAUAGGCGAACAAUGCAUAAAACCAACCAAACACCCCGACCACCUGGAUGAAUUGUAUAAGGAGCUUCGAAAAGUAAUAUCGGGAAACCGGUUGCUUCUUGUACUUGAUGACGUCUGGAACAUGGACUCUGAAAUGCGGAAAGAAUUCAAAGGCUUGUUCUCGGACGCCGGUCCCGGGAGUAGAAUAUUAAUAACUACUCGUAGUAAAUUUGUUGCCAACAAUGUUACGAGUAGAACAGAGGACGUCUAUACGUUAAGCAAUCUAUAUGGAUCUUACUCUUGGAAGCUAUUCAAAAACCGUGCUGGAAUCGAAUAUAAACAUAUCAGCUCUGAAAUUGAAGAAAUUGGAAAGGAGAUUAUGGAAAUGUGUGGAGGAAACCCUCUCGCCAUAGCUACAGAAGGUGGCAAACUGCAAUCCAUAAAUUUGGAAACCAAAGACUGGUCUGAUUUCCGCGAUGCAGGGUUUCACAAAGUAAUGAAUGAAGAAGUUCUGCCCUUGCUUAAACUUAGUUACAAUGUUCUACCUCAGCAUUUGAAACAUUGCUUUGCCUACUGUGGUGUGUUCCCUCGACAAUCUGAAAUUGAUGUCAAAACCUUAAUACAUCUUUGGAUGGCACAAGGGUUGAUUUGCCCAUUGCGAGGACAACGAGCGGAGGAUGUGGGUUAUGAGUAUUUUCAGGAUUUAUUUCAGACAUCCUUGUUUGAAGCCGUGGAAGUGGAUCCUGAGAAUGGCUCUGUAACUAAGUGCAAGAUGCCAAAACUUUUGCAAGACCUAGCAGUACAAAUUGCAGGAGGAAUGACGAAAAGGUUAGUGGCAUUUAAUCAAUAUGAGAAGCAUGGUAUUGAUGGAAGAACUCAACAUGUCUCGUCUUACUUUCAUCUAGGUUCGUCAUGGAAGAUUCCAACUUCAUUCCUUCAAGCAAAGAGGAUUCGAACAUUUGUUUUGCCUAGCCAGUUGCAUUGGGAAACUGAGGGGAGACUAAGUCACACGACUUUUGAAACUAUCGUUUCAAAUUGUAAAGGAUUACGCGCAUUGGAUCUGCAUAAUACAGGGAUCCAAAAAGUGCCAAAGUCCAUUGAUAAGCUCAAGUAUCUAAGAUAUCUUGAUCUUUCUCAAAACUCGGCCAUUACGUCAUUACCAAAUUCAAUCACGAAUAUCCCGUAUUUGAUGACACUGAAACUCUCCUCAUGUUAUGGACUCGAAGAACUGCCAAGAGAUAUGAAGAAACUAGUCCACCUCAAACAUCUUGAGAAUGACUGGUGCUAUAGUUUGACUUAUAUGCCUCCUGGCCUUGGUCAGCUAACUCAACUUGAGACAUUGUCAGAAUUUGUAGUGAAAAACGACACUGAGCUAAAGGAAUUAGCUGUACUGAACGAGUUGCGAGGAGAGCUGAAAAUUCAAAAUUUGAGAAAUGACAUGGAUUCAGGGGUUGCAAAAUUGGAGGGAAAAAAGCAUCUUAAGUCGUUAAUAUUAGCUUGGGAAGUCAAUAACGAUUCAGAACAGGGUGCUGAAGGGACACUUCAAGGUCUGAAGCCACACUCAAAUCUUAAAGAAUUGGCUUUAUUCGGCUCUUCCACAUUUCCUGCUUGGCUUAUUUUACUCAGAAAUUUGGUCAAUCAGCUCCCAUCUCUUAAGGUGUUGACGGUGGAAGAGAUGGAUAACUUGGAGUAUAUCUCCCACGAAUCUCGUCAGUUUCUUUCCUCAUCGUCAACAGCAGCAUUCAUGCCAUCCCUGGAAGAACUCAGGCUUAAAGAAUUGCCUAAUCUAGAGGGAUGGUGGCAAGAAGAACAUCCUACAUCAUCACUGCCACCAUUUGGCGGACGUAAGAGAUUGGUCAUUGAAGAUUGCCCCAAGCUUCGUUCCAUGCCACUCUACCCAAAUUUAGAAGAAUGGCUAGUGUUGGAUAACACUAGUUUGGAGACAUUCAUUCAGACAAUGAAUGAUGGAAGCUCCUCUGAGUAUUGUUGGGGUUAA